GAGAAGGACAAACUCCAGGUGUAGCAGCUGAAAUCUGUGUGACUGUUAAAGAUGGAGUUUAUUAAAGAGGAGAUUGAAGACAUGAGUAUUUCAGAACCAUCCGGAAUAAAACAUGAAGAUACUGAGGAACAAAUAGACCAGAUAAAAGUGAAGGAGCAAAGACAGAAACUAAAUGAAAUAAAGAAACACUGUGACUUCAAAACUCGAGGAACAAAAGCCAAAACGCUGCACACCUGCUCACAGUGUGGAAAGAGUUUCCAACAUAAAGAAGCACUUAACACACACAUGACCAUUCACACUGGAGAGAAACCGUAUACAUGCAGUGAGUGUGGGAAAAGAUUUUCUCGAGCAUCAAGUUUCAGUGAUCAUCUGCAUGUUCACUCUGGAGAAAAACCAUUUAACUGUGAUCAGUGUGGUAAAGAUUUUAUUUUGUCAUCAGAUCCAAAAAAACACCUAAAAGUUCAUUCAGAUGAGAGGCCUUUUGUGUGUUCUCUCUGUGGAAAGAGUUUUUCAUGGCUGAACAGUUUUAAACUGCACCAGAAAACACAUGAUGAAGUGAGAGAUCAUGUGUGUUUGGACUGUGGGAAGAGCUUUACUGCAACUAGUCAUCUAAAACGGCACCAAAGAAUUCACACUGGAGAAAAACCUUACAAGUGCUCAUAUUGUGACAAGAGUUUCACUAUGUCUGGAAACCUGAAAGUACAUGAGCGACUUCAUACUGGAGAGAAGCCGUACAACUGUACUCAGUGUGAGAAGAGUUUCAAUAAUGCAACAGGUUUAAAAAAUCAUCUUUUUUUUCAUUCUGGAGAAAAGCUUUUUAACUGUGAUCAGUGUGGUAAAGAUUUUAAUUUGUUAUCAAAUCUAAAACAACACCUGAAUGUUCAUUCAGAUGAGAGGCCUUAUGUGUGUUCUUUCUGUGGAAAGAGUUUUUUAUGGAUGAACAGUUUUAAACGGCAUCAGAAAUCACAUAAUGAAGAGAGAUCAUGUGUGUUGUGAUUGUGGGAAGAGCUUUACUACAGCUGAGGAUCUGAAACAGCACCAAAGAACUCUGGAGAAAAACCUUACAAGUGCUCAUAUUGUGACAAGAGUUUCACUCAGUCUGCACACCUGAAAUCACACGAGCGACUUCAUCAUACUGGAGAGAAGCCGUACCACUGUACUCAGUGUGAGAAGAGUUUCAAAGAUGCAACAGAUUUAAAAUAUCAUCUGCAGGUUCACUCUGGAGAAAAGCUUUUUAACUGUGAUCAGUGUGGUAAAGAUUGUAAUUCAUCAGAAAAUCUAAAACAACACCUCAAAGUUCAUUUAGAUGAGUGAGAGAUACUGGAUAGAAGCUGCACUACUGUACUCAGUGUGAGAAGAGCUUUAGAUAUUCACCAAACCUUCUCACUCAUAUGAAAAAUGCUGCAACUGAGCAACAUUCGUUUUCAGUUCAAAUAUCAGGAUGGAUUGUGUGCUAAAUAUGUCUUUUAGUGUAUUAUGUUGUUUUUCUGAUAGUACAUGCAACUGGAAAUAAAACAUUUCAUUUUGAUUGAUCUGUUUAAUGAA